AUGCGCCGCACCCCUCUCCUCGUGAGGCACAACGUCGUCCUUCAAGCGUUGCAAUGGUUAGUGUGCAAUCAUUCAGAGUACAAAGACAUCGAUAUAUCUCUGGACAACCUAGCACAGUAUCCGCAGGACGAGCCUCCCGUGCAGAUUGUUCAUCGGGACCUCCAUCCAUCUGAAAGUGGGGAUACUCCCGCUGAGGCCCUACCCUCUCAUCCUCCUCCUUUGGGCUCUACUGCACCUCAUGUCGACGACGACGGUCCUUGUCCGUUCGCCGUUCAUGGCCUGACUGGCACACAGUACGUCUCUCUGACUUAUGAUGAGAAGGUUGCCCUCGCUGUAAAACAUUUCACGUCCGGCGAGUCCGUUCUCGCAUACGGUCAUUUUUCAGAACCUUCCUCAAUCUAUAACGACGCGAAACUGUUCCCUCGUCUUUUCCCCUGGCUCUAUCCCUAUGGUGUGGGUGGAUUUGGGAAC